AUUUCCGUUAUGGCGGAGCACACAGAGGCAGAAGGCAUCGGCCUGGCUGCAAACAGCAUGUCCCAGCAGGCCGCUCUGCGUUUCCCCCCGGCUGUCGCUCCUCCUGCUGCUCCGCCCGCCCGCCGCCAGCCUCUGCUGAGCAGCCCAGUGCCGCCCUACACCCUGAUGAGGAGUCCUCCGCCUGCUGCACGCCCGCCCUUCACACGCCUGCCCUUUGACCCCAGCGUGCCCCCGCCCAUGGGCACACCGCCGCUGCAGGUGCAUUCACAGAGACCCCCAUUCAUGCCUCCGCCCGGAGGAUCCAUGCCUCCUCCACCCGGCAUGAUCUUCCCUCCAGGAAUUCCUCCGUCAGUGGCUCCUGCUCCAACUCCUGCUCCGGCUCUGGCUCCUGCUCCCGCUCCCACUCCUUUGGUCUCCACUGAGGAGAUCUGGGUGGAGAACAAGAGUCCGGAAGGAAAGGUGUAUUAUUAUAACGCACGCACCCGAGAGUCAUCCUGGACCAAGCCGGAGGGGGUGAAGGUGAUCCAGCAGGCAGAUCUGUGUCCGCUGAUGAUGAGCCAGGCGGCUGUGGCGGCGGCGGGUGGAGGAUCCACAGCUCCGUCCGUCAGCAUCCCAGCAGCAUCAGCAGUCAGCGGCUCCACAAACACACUCGCGGCCCCCAGCGCCGGCCCCGCCGUGGUCCCCAGCAUCACUGCAGCAUCCCCUCUGCUGCCCACACCUGCCACAGUUCCAGAUGUGGUGGAGAUGCCGUCAGUCGUGACCUCUGCCCCCAGUUCCAUGCCAACCCCAAUGCCAGCUGUCAAUCAACCAACGGUCUCGGUCGCCAUGACAACAGGACCACCCACUCUGCCUGUGGCGCUGUCCCACACCGUCCCGCAGCCGGCCACUACAAUCCCAGGAUUCCCUCCGGUGAUGGUGCCGCCGUUCCGGGUGCCGCUGCCUGCCAUGCCCAUCCCACUGCCUGGGAUGCUCCCUAGCAUGGCUCCGCCUUUAGUACCCAUGAUGCCCCCUCAGAUGACCAUUGCUGGACCUGCGGGACUGCCCGGAGCUCUGGGCACAUCAGACUGGGCCGAGUUUAAAACUCCGGAGGGAAAGUCUUAUUAUUAUAACAAACACACACAGGAGACCACCUGGGACAAACCGGAGGAGCUCCGGGACACAGAAAAGGAGAGUGAGAAGGUGAUGGACUCAGUGGAGGAGAUGAUGGAGGCUGAAAUCCUGAGCAUGGAGGAUGGAAGCCCACAGAUCGACCCGCCCAAAGAGCAGAAGGAGGAGCUGAAGGAGGAGGAGAUGACGGAGGAGCAGAAGGCUGCUAAGAAAGCGAAGCCCGUGGCGACGACACCCAUUCCUGGCACACCGUGGUGUGUGGUGUGGACGGGUGAUGAGCGUGUGUUCUUCUAUAACCCCACCACUCGUCUCUCCAUGUGGGAGCGGCCGGAGGAUCUGCUGGGUCGAGCCGAUGUAGAUAAAGCCAUUCAGGCUCCUCCGCACAAGAGAGGCCUGGACAACAGCCACAGACUGGCGCUGGUUAAAGACGAGCAGGAGUUUCCUGUUUCUGAAGACGCAGCAGAUGAGGAGCCCAGCAAAGCCAAGAGGCGGAAGGUGGAGGAGAAGAUGGAGCUGGACCCAGAGAAGGAGGCAGCGAUGGAGGCAGAGCUGAAGGCGGCACGAGAGAGAGCUGUGGUUCCUCAAGAAGCGCGAAUCAGUCAGUUUAAGGAGAUGCUGCUGGAGCGAGCAGUCUCUGCCUUCUCUACCUGGGAGAAGGAGCGCCAUAAGAUUGUGUUUGAUCCGCGUUAUCUGCUCCUCAACCCUAAAGAGAGGAAACAGGUGUUUGAUCAAUAUGUGAAGACGCGUGCUGAAGAGGAGAGGAGAGAGAAGAAGAACAAAAUCAUGCAGGUUAAGGAUGACUUCAGGAAAAUGAUGGAGGAAUCGAAACUGGGUGUCAGAACGACGUUCAGUGAGUUUGCUGCCAAACACGCCAGAGAUUCCCGCUUCAAGGCGGUGGAGAAGAUGAAGGACAGAGAAGCCAUCUUUAUUGAGUUCAUGACGGCAUUCAGGAAGAAGGAGAAGGAGAACUCUAAGAACCGCGGCGAGAAGGUCAAGCUGGACUUCUUCGAGCUGCUGUCGGAUUAUCAUGUGGACAUUCAGCAGCGCUGGAGUAAAGUGAAGGAGAAGCUGGAGACGGACCCGCGAUACAAGGCUGUGGAGACAUCUGCGGCGCGAGAAGAGUUCUUCAAGAACUACGUGGAGCGACUUGCUAAGAACCCGAGCGCAGAGGAGAAGGAGCUGGAGAAGCAGGCGCGGGUGGAGGCCAGUCUGCGGGAGCGCGAGCGGACGGUGCAGAGGUUUCGCUCCGAACAAACCAAAGAAAUCGACCGCGAGAGAGAACAGCACAAGCGGGAGGAGGCCGUGCAGCAUUUUAAAGCCCUGCUGUCAGACAUGGUAAAGUCGUCUGAUGCCGCCUGGUCGGACACCCGGCGCUCCCUGAGGAAGGACCACCGCUGGGAGUCUUCAUCACUGCUGGAGCGCGAGGAGAAGGAGCGACUGUUCAACGAACACAUCGAAGCCCUCGCCAAGAAGAAGAAGGAGCAGUUCCGCCAGCUGCUGGAUGAUACCACAUCGAUCACCUUGACCACGUCUUGGAAGGAGGUGAAGAAACUCAUCAAAGAAGAUCCCAGAUGCAUCAAGUUCUCCAGCAGUGACCGAAAAAGACAGAGAGAGUUCGACGACUACAUUAAAGACAAAUACAUCACAGCCAAAGCAGACUUCAGGACGCUGCUGAAGGAGAACAAGUUCAUCACAUACAAAUCCCGUAAGCUGAUGCAGGAGUCGGAGCAGCACCUGUCAGACAUCGAGAAGAUCCUGCAGAAGGACAAACGCUACCUGGUUCUGGACUGCAUGACGGAGGAGCGCCACAAGCUGCUGAUGGGGUAUGUGGAGGAGCUGGAGCGCAGGGGACCACCCCCACCACCCACCGCAUUCGAGCCCGCGCGCAGAUCCACCAAAUGAUCACACACACACACACACACACACACGCUGGCUGGUGACUCCAGGCCUACAGUACAGUGGUGGAGAGAGUUUGACAUGCUGCAGUUUCAGAGACGCAUGCAGACACAGUAAACACCGCAGCAGAGGCGUCAGUGUGAGAGGUCUCCUCAGAUGAGUGUGUUGUCAGAGUGAGCGGUUCAUCUGGAUCUUCUCUUCAUGUGCUGGUGUGUGUGUGUUCUGUAUCUGCCUGUGUUUAGUUAAACUGCAGCGUCUUCAGCUCUCUCUGACCGUCCCCAUGAGCAGUGCGCUCACACACAGGCUGAGCAUUGGGACCAACUGGAGAACGGGCGUCUGAUGUAUUUCCCGGAGCCAGUGUUGUUUUUAUCUCCCCCCCACCCCCUCGCUCCAUCCCUCCGUCCCGUCUGAAGGCCGAUACGGAGCGUGUGUCUUGUGUUUGGCUGAUUUUUAUUCUCCUGCAGGACUCUGCUUCUCCACCAGCUCUACAGACGUCACUCCCGCCACAGGGAUAUAGGAGGGUUAGUGGAGACUCUGUGUGUGUGUGUUUGUUAUUUUAACUGAUGCUGUGUGAACAUACACACACACACACACACACACGAGCUGUUCUAGAAGAUGAGUAUGUACGGCUGAUAUGUAUUCAGUAGUCGGUUUACACUGUGUUUGGGCUGAGCUGCUCGACCGCGUCUCACGGUUUCAGUGUUCAGAUGUUUGUUCAUCAGAAGAGAUCGGGUUUUUUGGACUUGCUUUCUGUACAGCUGAUGUUGAAUAAAAGCAAACCCAUUUUUUGUAA